AUGGCCUCGAACGGGCAACUACUCGCGCAUCGCAACUACUACGGGACGACCGGCUAUGGCUCACCACCACCAUUCGAUACAUCACGACCCAAGCUGAAGCCCGCAGAGCGAGAGCUAGCAGACUUCUCGCUUCUCGAAGCCCUCGACCGCGACGACCGCCCUACUUUCGCCGUCGAAACACGCUCGUCCUUAGGCCAUGAUGAAGUCUACCCCAUCGAACUCGUGUAUGCGAACACGGCGCUACAUAUGGUUGGCGGGCUGCUGGUCAAGAUAACAGGCGACGAUUCGACGAGCUUGUUCGCGGAGAGCUCGGGACCGCAACUUGCCUUCCGGGAGUGGAUUCGUGGGCAUGGGAUUGAGGAGGACCUACAACAACGCGGCAAUGCAUACACGUUCGAAGGGCACGUAUGGAAUGCGAUAACUGUGGGGCGCUACAAGAUUGUUAGCGGAGUGCCAACGCGACUGCUGUGGGUUGACGCCGCCCCAGGAGGAAAGAGCCACCGCUCCCUGCGACGCGAGCGGAAGGCGCCUAAGAGCAAGCAUCGCGCAGAUGCGCUACCUAUCAAACCCCAGCUAUCGCUUGCCCAUAUACCACGAACUCCCGAACCCGGCACCAGCCCUUCUGCAGACCGAAGUGCAGCCACGCAUACGUCCUUCGACUGUACAUCUGAUGUACUCACUUCUACGAGCCCACAUAUCGAGUACUUCCGCAGUGUAGAUUGGGCAAAUACACCCAUGGGUCCAAUGAGUUCAUGGCCUAGUGAUCUGCGUUGCGUGGCGAACACGGUACUCAGUAACAAUGUGCCAGCCGUCAUGUUCUGGGGCGACGAUGUCAUCAUGUUGUACAACGAGCCAUAUGUCCAACUCCUUGGCAGCCUCCAUCCUUGCAUGGGUGAAAGUGUCCGUGUCAAGGCGCCUGAUCACUGGGUCUCGUUUCAACCUCUGGUCGACCACAUCAAAUCAACAGGCGAAUCGAUAGCCGAGCCUGACAUGCUCCUCUUCAUUGAGAGAGACAAGAUCCUUGAAGAGACGCACUGGUCUUUUCAAUUCGUCCCGAUAUUGAACACCGACGGCCAAGUGGCAGCCUACUACCAGUCCUUCUACGAAGUUUCCAACCACCGUAUCCUCGAGCGCCGCGUCUCUAGUCUGGUCGCAAUGGGAACCCAGAGCGCGAAUGCCAGAGACUUUCCGUCAUUUUGGGAGACUACAUUGCGCUCACUGAGCUUGAACGAUAAAGAUGUGCCAUUUGCCUUGCUAUAUGCUGCCGAGCGGCAUGUUAGCGCUCAAAUACCCUCGGUAUCAUCCCCCGGUAGCAUUCCUCCGUUGGAAGGCUGCGUUCUCAAGGGUACCAUUGGCGUUUCCGGUGACCAUCCCAUCGCCCCUGCGACUAUAAACAUCAACGAAGACUCUUAUAUCCUCCAGCCGUUCUUGAAUAGGGCCUCCAAGUCCGGCAAAGCGACCGUUGUUCACGUCGAGGACCUUCCCGAUUCGACAAGAGCCUUACAAGGCAUCGACUGGAAAGGAUAUGGUGACCCUUGUCGAACCCUAGUCAUCUGUCCAAUAAUACCCACCACUGGAAACCAGGUAGAAGGAUUCCUCAUAAUCGGCAUAAAUCCGCGCCGACCUUUCGAUGAAGAGUACCAGCAAUACCUGCAGGUCAUGGUGCGGUUACUAGCUACGUCUCUUGCGUCCAUUGUUCUUUUCGAAGACGAAGUCCAGCAAAGAGAAAACGCCAUCAUCCAGGCUGCUCAGAUCCAAGAACAUCUAAUGGCUGAAAUACAACUCAAAGAAAGCAAGUUUCAACGCUUCGCGGAACGAUCCGACGUUGGUAUCUUUAUCAUCGAUCCGAUAGGAACUUAUACUUACCGUAAUCAACGAUGGCAUGAUAUGUUUGAGGUCGCAUCCGCUGAUGACAACGCCACCGAGGCAUGGUUUAAGAUCGCGUUCGAAGAGGACAUCCCUUACUGCCAAUCCAUGUUCGCAAAACUAAUCAUGAAUCACGAAUCUGUUAUCUUUGAGCUGCGUACGCGGAUGCCCUGGACGCCGCCGUCAGAGUCAGAUGAGCCGCAGACGGAGGAUACCCAGCACUUUAAGUGGAUUUUGUGUUCAGCCUUCCCCGAGCUGGGUCCGAAUGGCGAUCUUGUUGAGGUCGUCGGGAAUGUUACAGAUAUAUCCAAGCAAAAGUGGGCUGAAGGCAUUCAAAAGAUACGCAUGGACAGCGCACUGCAAGGCAAGCAACACCUGGAACACUUUCUGGAUACGACUAGUCAUGAAAUGCGCAACCCUCUCAGCGCCAUCAUGCAAUGUGCGGAUUCGAUCACGUCUUCCUAUCCCCAAGAAGAUUACCAAGAGCGCCAAAACACCACACCAAACGAGUGGACGGCUUUCAUCGAAUCUACCCUUGACGCUGCCCAGACGAUAGGAGUUUGCGCAUCGCACAUGAAGCACAUAGUCGACGAUAUUCUCACCAUCUCCAAACUCGAUUCGGGUCUCUUGGAUAUGACACCGGUCAUUGCGCAACCCGAGAGUGUGGUUAUGCAUGCAGUGAAGAUGUUCGACGCAGAAGCAAGAGCAGCAGGUAUCAACCUCGUGUUGAACGUGGAUCAAUCCUAUCGCAACAUGGACAUCGAUUGGGCAUCUCUGGAUCCAACAAGGGUGCUGCAGAUUCUCAUCAACCUCCUCACUAAUGCCAUCAAGUUCACCCGCUUGGAGUCUACCAAGCGUGUAACAGUGACUCUCGCCGCCAGCAGCGCUGAACCCGUCUCAACGCUACAUGGAAUACAGUAUAACGAGGAGAGGCUAGUAGGACAAGACCCCCACUUGGAAGAGGAUUGGAAGAAAGCUCAAGAGUUAUUCUACAUUCAAUUUGCCGUCACUGAUACGGGCCGUGGACUUUCCGACGAAGAAAAAUGCAAUCUCUUCACCCGUUUUUCACAAGCCUCACCUCGGACGCACAUACACUACGGUGGCUCUGGCCUUGGGUUAUUCAUAUCUAGACGUCUCACCGAGUUACAAGGCGGAUCAAUCGGCGUCGCGAGUGAGUCUGGAAGAGGCAGCACGUUUGCCUUCUACAUUAAAUCACGACGGGCGAGACCUAUUGUAGCCCGGAAAGGCAGUCUUCCGCAUGUUUUCCCAGAAGAGAUCAAGCACAGACGCCCGAUACCGCUCGUGAGCCUAACGCGUCCGUCUCCUCCCGUACGCAUAUCCACAGGCGAGCAAGGUCAAAGAUCAGACUCUGCCAGUCCAAAAGCACGCCGCCCGUCGGUGCAAUCAAAAUCCUCGCAGACCGAACACUCUCACGUUCGGCCGGAAGCGCUAGGCCUGCCAGAAGGCCCCGAUCUGCAAGAAUUGAAGCGCACAAAAAGUAUACCAGAUACGCUGCAUGUUCUCGUCGUGGAGGACAAUCUCAUCAACCAGCGCGUUCUCGCCAAACAACUGCGCAAUUUGGGAUGUGUUGUGAGCGUCGCCAAUCACGGCCAAGAAGCCCUUGACUUUCUACCAAAGACCAGUCUGUGGAAACACGAUCAAGCUACUGGCGACGCGAUCGCGCGAGAGGCCCUUCAUAAUGGCGAACUGCCCAUCGAACUCAGUCUCAUCCUCAUGGACUGGGAGAUGCCCAUCAUGAACGGACUUACGGCCGUUGCCGAGAUACGGAAGCUUGAGCAACAGGGCUUGUUGAAGGCGCGAGUGCCAAUCAUCGGGGUCACGGCCAAUGUGCGCCAACAGCAGAUUGAACAAGCUAUGGCUGCGGGAAUGGACGAUGUUGUUGGGAAGCCUUUCAGGGUUGCGGAAUUGCUUGUACGAAUGAGGGGGAUAGUCGCUGGCAUGGAGCCGGAGAGACCGAAUGGUGGUGCGACUUUGACUGAGGGGUAUGCUAGCUUUGGAUGA